CAUAUUAAUCAUGAAAGGUGAAGAGAACCAAAAAAAUUGGCUAUCAUAUGCAUUUCAGUAGUUAGCCCACAGUCUAUUAUAACAGAGGCUUGACAAAUGUUUUCCCAUCCUCUUGGGGCAUUUGUAAGCUAUGGUAUCUGCAAUUUGUGCAGCAUUUUUUGCAUUGUGUUGCUUGGUAAGAGAUGUUGCAGCAGCGGCUCAUUAUAAUGCUGAUCUUGCAAGAACACCUCCCAUGGGAUGGAACAGUUGGAACCAUUUUGGCUGCAAUGUGAACGAGAAUAUCAUUAGGGAGACAGCUGAUGCAUUCAUAUCAACUGGUCUCUCCAAACUUGGAUACAAAUAUAUCAAUAUAGAUGAUUGCUGGGCCGAAUUUGAGAGAGAUAAAUCUGGGAAAAUUGUUCCACGUGCUUCAACAUUUCCAUCAGCUAUCCGUGCCCUUGCAGACUAUGUGCACGAGAAGGGCCUUAAGCUUGGUAUAUAUUCAGAUGCAGGGCAAUAUACAUGCCAGAAGCAGCCUGGUUCAUUAGGAUUUGAGGAAAAUGAUGCCCAUACAUUUGCGGAAUGGGGUAUAGAUUAUCUUAAGUAUGAUAAUUGUUUUGAUGAUGGUUCAAAACCUGAAUCCAGGUAUCCGAGGAUGAAAGAUGCACUUCUUAAGACAGGCCGUCCAAUAUUCUACUCUGUAUGUGAGUGGGGUGUAGACAAUCCUGCUACUUGGGCACCCAAUGUAGGAAAUAGCUGGAGAACAACAACAGAUAUAGAGAACAAGUGGGAAAGUAUAAUAUCACGGGCAGAUCAAAACAACAACUGGGCUGAUUAUGCAGGACCUGGUGGAUGGAAUGAUCCAGACAUGUUAGAAGUUGGAAAUGGUAAUAUGACCAAAGAGGAGCACAGCUCACAUUUCAGCAUUUGGGCUCUUAUGAAGGCACCUCUCCUGAUUGGUUGUGAUGUGAGAUCUUUGAAUAAUAGGACCUUAAAGAUUCUGAGCAAUGAAGAGGUCAUUGCAGUUAAUCAAGAUACACUGGGAAUACAGGGGAGGAAGGUGAGCCAGCAAGCAAAUCUUGAGGUAUGGGCUGGUCCACUUGCCAACCGCCGUAUAUCUGUAAUUUUAUGGAACAGAAGCUUAUCAAGAGCUACCAUUACGGUCCAUUGGAAAGACAUUGGACUCCACCCCUCAGUUACUGCCAAAGUUAGGAAUUUAUGGAGGCACAGAGACCUAGCAGCUCUUCAUAAAGGCAGCCUCACAGCAUCAGUGAAGCCUCAUGCAUGCAAGAUGUAUAUUUUGACAAUAGUUGGUCACUACAGUUCUCCAUUUGACUGGAUAUAUAAUCUUAUAGGAACAAGACUAAACCAUUAAUAAUAGUAGGGCUUAGUGUUUCUCAAAUAAGAGUUUUACCAUUUUUUGCUUUUUUUAGACAUAGAGCACUUGAAUGUCCUAGCUAUAAAUUCAGAAAAUUGUUCUCCAAUUAUUCUUAUUUCAGCAAAUGUAUCUGAACACAAGAAUGUUUUAUGUCAACAACAAUGAAGUUAGAAAUGUAUGAUGGAAGAACUGUCACAGUGUCAGGGAAAUGCAAAUAUGUUCACGAGUGUGUGCAUUCUCUGUUGUCCUCUUCAAUGUACAAGCUAGGAGAUAUUUGUCAGUAAUAAAAUUUUAUGCAAAGUUAAAUUUGA